GGGACGAUGAGAAAUUGCUGGGAAAUGACAGAAAACUGCUUGCAGUUCUCCCAUCUUUCUCCAGGAAGAUAUUUUGCAGGGAAGCAACGAGGCGGAUGCGAGAUAUCUGGCGCUGGUAGCCAGCACAGGCACAUGCAUUUGGUGGGACUUCAGCAAGGCUUCUUUCUGCGGUCUCCAUGCAAUCUAACUAUUCAAGCAUGUCACACAAGAGCUGAGGCAGUAUUUCUGUUACAAAUUUGUUGUCUCCAACAAACAAAACAACAAGCACCAUGAUGUGGCUGUUCGUAACCAUUGCAUGCUUGAUGUGCAUGGGUGAAAAGGCAGAUGCGAGCCCCACGGUGCCCAUGGAUGUUGGUGACAUUAUCCGCUACCACGGGUACCCCUAUGAGGAGCACGAAGUGGUGACAGACGACGGCUAUUACCUCACCCUGCAGAGGAUUCCUCACGGCCGAGACAACCCAGGAAGCUUGAGCAGCUCCCAGGAAGCAGAGACACAGGACUCCAGCAUGUUCUGCCACCCUCCAAAGCCCGCGGUCCUCCUGCAACAUGGCCUCUUUUUGGAGGGAAGCAGCUGGGUUAUCCACUUGCCCAACAGCAGCCUGGGCUUCAUCCUCGCUGACGCUGGCUACGACGUCUGGAUGGGAAACAGCCGGGGGAACAGCUGGUCACGAAAGCACAGAGAGUUUGAAUUUCAUCACCCAGAAUACUCAGCUUAUAGCUUCCAUGAGAUGGCCAUGUAUGACCUUCCAGCGACAAUCAACUAUAUUCUGCAGAAAACUGGACAGGAGCAGUUAUACUACGUGGCUUAUUCCCAAGGCACCACCACAGGUUUCAUCGCCUUUUCAUCCAUUCCUGAGCUGGAUCGCAAAAUCAAGAUGUUUUUUGCCUUGGCUCCUGUUACGGCAAACUCAAAUCUGAAGUCACCCUUGGUGAGGGUGUUUGACCUUCCCGAGUGGCUGGUUAAGCUCAUUUUAGGACACAUGGUGGUCUUCGACAAAGACGAGAUCUUGCAGCAAGUGACUUCCAGCCUGUGCAGAUACUCUGUCUUUAAAAGCUUGUGCUGCUUGGUCCUUUACUUGCCUGGUGGGUUUACAGACAGCUUAAAUGUGAGCCGCAUAGAUGUCUACCUGUCCCGCUACCCCGAUUCGACAUCCCUAAAAAACAUUUUACAUUGGCACCAGCUCUAUCAAACUGGGGAAUUCAAAUACUACGAUUAUGGCAGUGACAACAUGCUUCAUUACAACCAGACCACACCUCCCUUCUAUGAGCUGGAAAACAUGAAAGCCCCGCUUGCUGCCUGGUAUGGCGGCAGAGACUGGAUUUCGACCCCCAAAGACGUAAACAUCACGCUGCCUCGUAUAACCAAUGUGGUAUACAAGAAAUACAUUCCCCAAUUCGUCCACUUUGACUUCCUUUGGGGUAUGCAAGCGUACGAACAAGUGUACAAAGAAAUUCUUGAACUGAUGGAGAAGAGCACCUAGAGUCUGACCAAUGGCAGUAAUUGUUUGUCUUGUUUGAUAUCUGGGAUUUAUUUUAUUUGGGAAAAAAGAAAAUAAAGGUGAAGAAAAAAGAGAGGGAAAAAGCUCAUUAAA